AUGGAAAAAGAGAGAAGCGGAGCCGCAUCAAUUUUUGACCAUUGGUCGGCGAUUUUGGAGUUGUCGAAGCAUUCUGAUGGAAAAGGCAAAGUGAAAUCCGUGCACGAUCGUGUCCGUCAAAUCGAGCGAAUUGCCGCCGAUCAUGGUGGCGAAGAGCGUUUCGUUAGCGGACUUCAUGCCAACUAUCUUGUUUCGUUGCCGAUCGGACAAAUUCGAAAAGCGUCGACAUGGUUUUUGUUUUACGAUGAUGUUCAAAAAAUUAUUCGCUCUUUUCAAAAUUGGGCGGUUCAAAAAUAUGCGUUCGCGUUUUUUGUUUCACUUCAUUUGACACUUGCAACACAUUCCAAAAUUCACAUUCAAUAUCCACAAAUUGAUCAAACUCAAUCGCAAAAAUGUCACGAAUCGGAAGAAACGCUGAACACUGUUCGAUCGGGUGGCGUUAUGUCGAAAGGCGCACACAAGAGGGACCUUUUGCUCGACAUUCUGCCGUAUUUGGUUGGAAUUGUUCAGCCGCCGAUCAAGCCGAUGAAUGAUCAAUUGUACACGCAAAGAGAGCAGGCGAUGCUCGGCGCGGCGGUGAACGCGAUGUGCGAUUAUGGGCUGACAUACGCGCCGUUGAUGGUCAAGGAUCAGAUGAAUUGGCUAUUCUCGCCGCCGAUUGAUUCGUUGACGAUGUUUCCGAUUAGCGAAAAUGUCACAAGGCGUCCGUUGGCGAACGCGACGAGGCAGCUGAUCGCCCACAAGAUCACUCUUCGAAAAGUGCACUUGACGGAUGUCAGCACACCGCCGAGAGUGAUCACGAACACGGCGAAAAUAAUUGAAAUGCUGCCCAAGGCUGGUGAGGCCAGCAAUCGGAAGCGGCUCUCCGCGGGAGCACUGAAACGACAAAGGCACCAAAAACUUGCCGAUGUGAUAUUUGAGCAUCAGGAGGGCGAUAGUAGCGCGAUCAAGAAGAAGGUUACGAUGCACCAAUUGAGUUCCAUGAUUUUUGGGGAUGUUUGA